UCGGGCGGAGCAGCGGGCCCGGUGGGCUGGCGGCGGCUUCGCCAUGAACCCCAGGGGCCUGUUCCAGGACUUCAACCCGAGUAAGUUCCUCAUCUACGCCAGCCUGCUGCUCUUCUCCGUGCUGCUGCCCCUCCGCCUGGACGGCAUCAUCCAGUGGAGCUACUGGGCUGUCUUCGCCCCCAUAUGGCUGUGGAAGCUGCUGGUCAUCGCCGGCGCCUCGGUGGGCGCGGCCGUUUGGGCCCGCAACCCUCGAUACCGCACCGAGGGGGAGGCCUGCGUGGAGUUCAAAGCCAUGUUGAUCGCCGUGGCCAUCCACCUGCUGCUGCUCAUGUUCGAAGUCCUGGUCUGCGACAGGGUGGAGAGGGGGACCCACUUCUGGCUGCUCGUCUUCAUGCCACUUUUCUUCGUAUCCCCAGUGUCCGUGGCCGCCUGCGUCUGGGGCUUCCGACACGAUAGGUCGCUAGAGCUGGAGAUCCUGUGCUCUGUCAACAUCCUGCAGUUCAUCUUCAUCGCCCUGAGGCUGGACAGGAUUAUCCACUGGCCGUGGCUGGUGGUGUUCGUGCCUCUGUGGAUUCUCAUGUCAUUCCUCUGCCUAGUCGUCCUCUAUUACAUCGUCUGGUCCCUCCUGUUCCUGCGCUCCUUGGAUGUGGUUGCGGAACAGCGGAGGACACAUGUGACCAUGGCCAUCAGCUGGAUAACGAUUGUCGUGCCCCUGCUCACUUUUGAGGUUCUGCUGGUUCACAGAUUAGAUGGCCACAAUACAUUCUCUUACAUCUCCAUAUUUGUCCCCCUUUGGCUUUCGCUAAUAACUCUAAUGGCCACGACAUUUAGGCGAAAAGGAGGCAACCAUUGGUGGUUUGGUAUUCGCAGAGAUUUCUGUCAGUUUCUGCUUGAAAUUUUCCCAUUUUUAAGAGAAUAUGGGAACAUUUCCUAUGAUCUACAUCAUGAAGACAGUGAAGAUGCUGAAGAAACCUCAGUUCCAGAUGCUCCUAAAAUUGCUCCGAUGUUUGGAAAGAAGGCCAGGGUAGUUAUAACCCAGAGUCCUGGGAAAUAUGUUCCCCCGCCUCCCAAGUUAAAUAUUGAUAUGCCGGAUUAAACUCUUCUGAGGAGCACCCAUCUGUGGAUCGGGAACCAUAUACACACGCAAAAUCCACCUUACCUUUGCCUCUGUGUUCAUCCAUCCCAAACUUGGAACUGAAAAUAGGCCCCAAACAUCAUCAUCUCAUGCCUUGUUUGAGAUUGAUGCCUGUCAGUCACUCUUCAGUAUGCACCAUAGAUGUAGGAGGUUAUUUUAAUACAUGGCUCUGUGUAUGUGUGCGCAUGCAUGUGUGCGUGUGGGGGGUGUGUGUGUGUGUGUGUGGUGUAUACGUGUGAGAGAACUUGCAUUCCAGGCUAGUGCUUUAAAAGCUAGCUUGGGAGCAGUCAGUUUAAUAGUAGGUCCUCAAACGAAAUAAAUACACAACUGGGUUUUGUUUUGUUUUUAAUGGUACCAUGACUAUUGAAAGUAUUGUUUCAAAGUAUUUUUAUACACUGCUAGUCUACAGUUGUAUUUCAGAUUGUACCUGUUGUGACAUGAUAGCAAAUGUAAAGAAUUCUCUUUCCCUCCACUUGUUUAUAAGCCUUAGGGUUGUUAUUUUUAGUGUUCCUCCUGUUAAAAUAGUUUUUCUUUGGGCUUUGCUGAUACUGGUCUUUAAUAUCAUAAAAGGUGACUUUUUCUAAUGAAAUGAAUCCAUGCAUAUAUGAUAUUUAUAUGAAUAUUUUAGCAACGUAUUUUGUUGAAUUCUAGUUCUGUGCAUUACAAUGUAUUACGUGACAGUAUUUUUUUAGGUUUCUGUGUGAAGAUAUAUGUCUAUUGCAGCUGUCCUUAAAGAUUGCUUAAAACAUUAAUAUGUACCCAGUACAGGAUCUUCUCAAAGUACCAGCAUGAAUAUAGGGAUUGAAAAUCCCGUGGCUUUUAAUAUUCAGGUGUUAGACGACUCAGUCUACACAGUUUUAAGGUCUCUGUUAGUAGAGGGAGGAGCCACCAUCAUUUGGGAACAGGUGACAUGCUCCGGUGUGAUACCAGGCCAUAAAGCGAUACUGUUAAUUUAGCACCUUCUAAUUUUCCAACACAGGUAGUAACCUGUCUUCAGGAACAACCAAAAUAAGCAACAAGUGAUUUGUUCGUUGCUGAGAGUCUUAGCAUAUUACUUGGCUAUAAUAAAAAAAAAUGUUACUUGUCAUCAGAAUGCUGGAAAGAGUAGCCUUAACCAAAACAUGGCCAACAGGAUCAGGUAUUAUUUUAAGGUCCAAACUUUUUGAUCUGUCAGCAACAGGGUAAGAAGAGGUUAUUUGUAAAGUAAGUCCUGGGUACUUAUUUAGGUACUAGUGGUACACCAGGGAAUCAGAAAAGCAAAAACCAAAUUCUGGGAGAAUAAUGUUCUUCUGACUGAGAACAAAUAAAUACUUUCAAAAGGAGAUUGAAAUAGAAAAGUGUAGUGAUACUAUUACUGGAGAAAAGGAAAGGGAAUCCAUUUUAUCAUUAGCAACUUAGUAAAAAUGAUCCAAAUUGCUAGUCGAGUGUUGCAAGUCAAUAACGUGAUUUACCCAGCGAGGGGCCACGCCAGCAACAAAAGCUAGUCCUGGGAGCCUGGCUCCCUGAAAGCCUGAGGACGCCACAGCUCAGUUCAGUCCCCUGGACUGUGCCAAGCUCUCUCGCUGUCUCUCUCUCUCUCACACACACACACACACAUGCACGCACUCUCCGUUUACACCAGCUCUCGGAAUGUGGGAAGCAGCCCUGGGCAGCAGUAACAUUUUGUCAACAAGGAUUCAUUCGUUUCUCAAAUAUUUAUCGAGGACCUACUCUGAGCCAGCCGUGAUUCAAAUGCCAUCCCUCCCCACACUCAAGAAGUACACAAUCGAAAGUGGCCGCGAGAAGAUAGGGCUCAUCACAGCAGCCUGCCUGUGGGAGGGAAAAGCCAAGAGCGGGAUAUGCAAAAUGCCACCCAGAAUUUCAGGCCCCUCUUUGUUUUCAGGAGCCUAGAGCCCCUGAUCACAUCUCCACUCCCAGACAAUAUCCCAAAGACACUGACUUGCACUUGAGUAAGAUUUGGGAGUGGAGGCGCAGGUUGCUGGAGGAAUGCAGGGUAGGGCUUGGGGGAUCCCAGCCCCUCCUGCCUACCGUUUCAGGCUAGGGGCUUCUCGACGUGGGGUGCAGUCCCUCCCCACCGCGAUGGGUCCUUCCCGCGCUCACCCAGCCCCCCAGCGUUAGAGAGCCAGGGUCUGAAAGCCAUCAGCUUUCUCCCCCAGGUGGGCCAUCCCCUGUCGUGCUGGCGUCAAAAGCAUUAGAUAAAAACAGCGGGAGUGACAAGGUGUGGAAUGUCAGUCUGUAAAACACAAUCUCUCUGCUGUGCCUGUGGACUUACCAAUUGCCUUUUGUAACGCAGACUCUCCCCAGUAUGUCACACGUGUCAAAUUCUGUAACUGCGGUUUCUCCUGUAGGAUGCUGAAUUCGCCUUUGCUCAGAAAUCUCCGCGGCUUCCGAGUACAGAACCCCGCUCCCCGGGCCACGAGUCCGCUGCGGGGGUGACGGUGCAGGCUGUGGGUCUGAUGCGGGUGUGGGCUCCACAGCGCGCCCCGGUUCUGUCCUGGGUCCCCGGCGAAGGAGUAGUGUUUCCUGGGGCACGUUCUUCUUUCCCCUGGCAGAAGCACACGAGGCCAGGCCAAGCCCCCGCCAGCACCACACAGCCCCCGGCCCCCCGUGGUGUAUGUCGGGGGGCGGGGUACAGGUUCCGUGGCCGAAGCACAAAGCCAAGCCAGGCCUCGGCGGGGUGGGCCAGCACACGCCCAGGGAACCACGACAGGCUGCACCGAUGUCGCAACAUAGUUUUAAAGACGAAAGGAAUCACAACAUCUGUAGUAGAUCGUGAAUGAUUUUCCUCCGCUGUUUUACAAACAUCCUGUAAUUUUCCAGAAGUUCAUUGUUUCUAAUAAAAAUGAGGAAAUCUG